CUAAAAAAUAAACAUACACCCAAGCAAAGAUGCUUCCCAUUCUCUUCCUCAUCCCACUUCUCUUAUCCACAACUUCCCAUGCAUCAGUCCAAGACUUCUGUGUGGCAGAAACCACAGCAUCAGACACCCCUGCAGGUUUCCCCUGCAAGCCCGAAGCCAAUGUAACCUCCUCCGACUUCGUCUACACCGGCCUCUCCGUCCCCGGAAAAAUCAUUGACCUCAUAAACGCCGCCGUCACGCCGGCAUUUGUCACCCAAUUCCCAGGCCUGAACGGCCUCGGCCUCUCGGCCUUGAGGCUAGACCUGGGUCCGGGUGGUGUGGUUCCUCUUCACUCCCACCCUGGCGCCACAGAGCUACUAAUUGUGAAGAGUGGCCAUAUAACUGCCGGGUUCGUCUCUUCGGCGAACUCGGUUUAUAUAGCCACAGUUAAGACAGGAGAGCUUAUGAUUUUCCCUCAAGGCUUGCUGCAUUUUCAGGUAGCUGCUGGAAAGAAAGGCGCUGUUGCUUUUGCUUUUUUUAGUAGCCCCAAUCCUGGACUUCAGAUUCUUGAUUUUGCUUUGUUUGCAAGCAACUUCUCUACUCCAUUGAUUGCAAAGACUACUUUCCUUGACCCUGAAUUGAUCAAGAAGCUUAAGGGUGUUCUUGGUGGAAGCGGCUAGAGACAUAAUAUCAGACCCUCUAGAUUUUCUUUUGAGAAAAUAUUUUGUGUUGUCCUCCUCAUUUCAUCACCCACAUUCCCAUUAUCAUUAUUAUUAUUUCUGUGUUGUUUUUUCAUAUUCAUUACAUUUUGUGUCUAGGUGUCACAGUUAUUCUUGAAUUCCUUGUAUGUAUCAUUGUGGAGUCAUAAAUUGGUGUAUUAUUUGUAGUACACCCGAAAAAAAUCAUGUAUUUUGAAUUUA